AUGACUAAGUCAUUCCAGCCUCUCCCUUCUCGCCAUGGCAACGAACGGUGCAAUCAUGCAUACGCAGCUUUGUUGAUAGUCUCCGGCACCACCGGCACCACGACUGGUGCUCGAGGCCGUUCGCAAGUGCUGAGAGGCUGGAUGGCUGUCGGUCUCCCAGGAUGGUACAGCAACGGAUGCAACUAUCAAUCGAUGGUUAAAUCAGCAUCCGGGGCGUGCGAUACAUCAUGUGGCCGACACUUGUUCACCGGCCCCGAGCAAAUGGGAGAGCGUGAACAAAUUGGCCAGCAGACGAAAGGUGAGCUGGACGUAGCAACGACUUUCACUCGGCGUCAAGGUCAAGCCGACCCCUCGAAAACACCCGAUGACGUGAACACUUCAGCCGCCGGGCAUCAGCAGUCGUCUUCGUGA